AAUGGGGUGAUAUAGCAGAAUCGUUCGACCUCGAGUCUGAGAACGGUUGCUAGCAUUUUCUAUUUCUGCAUCCUCCAGUGUUGAGCUCCACUGCGUUACGUUCCACCUGGUUUCAUUUUUCAUUUCAUUUUACCCUCUUUUGUUUGUACAGAGGAGACGAAAACUAAGUCGAGCUGGUCGUUUCUCCUCUGGCAGUGGUUCCAAGGUUAUUCAUCUUCAAAGGGGAAAGGAUGGACAUGGAAAUGUUUAACCACAGGCUAAAUACAUAUAUCGAUUCAUGGAUGGGACCCAGAGAUCAGAGGGUCAGAGGCUGGCUCCUGUUGGAUGACUACCCUCCAACGUUUGCACUCACGGUAGCAUACCUGCUGAUCGUUUGGAUGGGACCAAAGUACAUGAAAAACAGACAGCCCUUCUCCUGCAGAGGUCUGCUGGUGGUCUACAACCUCGGGCUCACCCUGCUGUCCCUGUACAUGUUCUGCGAGCUGGUGAAUGGUAUGUGGCAGGGGAACUACAACUUCUUCUGCCAGGACACACACAGCGCUGGAGAGGCUGACACAAAGAUCAUAAACGUCCUCUGGUGGUACUACUUCUCCAAGCUCAUCGAGUUCAUGGACACCUUCUUCUUCAUCCUGCGGAAGAACAACCACCAGAUCACCUUCCUGCACGUGUACCACCACGCCAGCAUGCCUAGCAUCUGGUGGUUCGUCAUGAACUGGGUGCCGUGCGGACACUCGUAUUUUGGCGCCUCCCUCAACAGCUUCAUCCACGUGCUGAUGUACUCGUACUACGGCCUGUCCGCCGUCCCCGCCCUGCGGCCCUACCUCUGGUGGAAGAAGUACAUCACUCAGGGUCAGCUGAUCCAGUUUGUGAUGACCAUGAUUCAGACUAGCUGUGCUGUGGUCUGGCCUUGUGGGUUCCCUAGAGGCUGGCUGUACUUCCAGAUCAGCUACAUGGUCACGCUAAUUGCACUUUUCUCAAACUUCUACAUACAGACCUAUCAGAAGCAAGGAGCCUUCAGAAGGAAAGAGCAUCAGAACGGCUCUGCGGCGGCCAUGAACGGGCAUUCCAACGGGGUGUCGCCCGCUGAAGACCUAACGCGUAGGAAACUGAGGGUAGACUGAGACGGCACCAGCCGCCGUCCGCCUUAGAGUCAAACCUCGCUGUCUUGACACAUUAGUACACAUCUGCGUACAUUUGCUAAGAAAGCCAUGUAAAAUUUCUUGAUAAAGAGAUUAAAUUAAAAGUAUAUUAUUAUCCAAUGUAGACAAAAAAAAGCCAAAGCAAUUCUAAUCUUCAAGAGAUUCCUUUAAACAUUUUGCACAUCACAACCUGUUUAUUAUUCAUAUUGAAUUUAAAAACCGUUAUGGUUAAAGUAGAAAUAUAUUUUAGGAAAGAUUGUACAUAGACCCUAGUGACACCUGCUGCACUGAAAGAGUAGAGUACUUUCUUUUUUGAAGAGGUCGGGCUUUGUGAUAAGUUGUAGCUUGUCUAAAAGAAAACGCAAACGCUCACACGGUCGAAAAGCAGCAUGACCUUUUAUGCAAAAAGUAAUAACCAUAGUACUUCACAGAGCCUGCGCAUAAAAUACCACGCAAAAGCACUUCUUUUCUGUCUAAGUAAUAGUUUAAUACCAACAUAUCUUGAUAGACACCGUCACCACGAAUAUCUGUCUGAUGGUAGAAAGUUAUGACUGAGUCCCUGACAUUUUUUUCAUCUGUUUCUUCGGAUUGCUAAUUCUGUGUUUCUCUAGCACUAACGGUAAUUCCAUAAAACAUUUCCAUUGGUUUCCAGUUUUAUGAACCACAAACAUAAUAAGGCUGUCUACAGUAUUUUACUUAAUCUGAUGGGUGAUUUUCAGUGAGGGUUGUUUUCUGCUGCUGCCCCCUUGUGGCCCUCCAAGGAACUCUACUGUGUGAAGCCACCAGUAACAAAACGAACCUGUUAUCCUAUGACAGUGGCUUCCAAAAAAAAGAGGCUAGUAGUAACUCUAGCAAAAUUUAAAUUUUCUAUUAAAGUGUUUUAAUUAUUAUGUUUUAAGAAUAUAGUAGCUGUAAUCUAUAUGAAUGUUUACAUGAAAUGCAACAACUAUGCGCCAGUGAGAAUCAUGAAGAAAUAGAGAUUUAUGUUUUUAUUUGGGUAUCGUUGGAAUACUUUUUAACACUAUACCUUGUAAGAAGUCUGCUAACGUCCUUAAUGCACAGAUUGAUAGCACUUAAUGUAUAUUGCCAAAGCGUGGACAUUAAGUUGAUUGAGAAUGUAAAGAUUCUGAGAGAACAACGUACGGAUGAGUCUUGAUGUUGUGAAUUGUAACUUGAUUUGAAGCUUUACUCAGGAGAACUGGUUCCAUGCCAAUUACAGCUAAACCCAUAUUCAGGGCUUAAAUAUUCAAUUUAAAAUAUAUAAAAUUUGGUUUUGGGAAUGGGAUCAUUUAUGAUGAUUAUGAGGAGGAUGAUUAUUUUUUUAGUAGUGAAGUUAGUAGUACAAUUUUUACUAUGUUUUGCUGAACAAUAAAACCAUCCAAAAGGGCUGUGGCCCUUUGAGAUGAGGGACUCCAUGCAUUUCCAGACAUCUGGAGCCAUUUGUGUGGGAAAGAGUGAAACGGCCAGUCCCUUGCUACAGUAAAUGCACAGUGAGCUCUGUGAUGUUUGGGAUAGACACAUUUUUUUCUUGAUUUGGCUCUGGGCUCCACAAUAUUAGAUUUGUAAUCAAACAAUGCACAUGUGGUUCUCAGCUUUUAUAAACGGCAUUUUAUACAUUUUUGGUUUCACUAUGUAGAAAUUGCAGCAUCUUUUAUACAUAGCCUCCCCAUUUCAGGGCCCCAUAAUGUUUGGGACAUUAUAAUGUUAUGUAAAUGAAAGUAGUCAUGUUUAGUACUUUGUUGCAUAUCCUUUGCUUGCAAUGACUGCUUGAAGUUUGUGACCCGUAGACAUCAGCAAGUGCUGAGUAUCUUCUCUGGUGAUGCUCUGCCAGGCCUGUACUGCAGCGAUCUUCCACUCCCUGCUUGUUUCAGGGGCUAGGCGCCUUAGUAUUUGUCUCUUCAGCAUAUGGAACACAUCUUCAAUUGGAUUCAGAUUGUUUGGCUGACUUAGCCAGUCAAACAUUUUCCAGUUUUUGGCUUAGAAAAACGCCUUUGUCGCUCCAACAUACAACUUUAUACAUACAGAGCCAAAUCAAGAAAAAAAUAUGUCUUUGUCCCAAAAGUUAUGAAGCUCAUUUUAAUUAACAUAAUUCCAGAAGUGAAGAAUUAUCUUUCACUUGUCUUCAAUUUGCAAAUUACUGAUUUGAUUUUUAAAGAUUUUUAAGGUCACCGAUUAGCAUGUAAACAUCUCUCUUGCCUGCUCAGACUGUCUAAGACUAAGAGUAGAAAGGACAAGGGACAUUUAAUACCCACAGCUUGUUAUUGUUUGUUCCAUUUGAUUUAAAUUAUCCUAUCUCUUCACUUCUGAAUCAUUUGAAAAAGAUUUUUUUCGAGCUGAAAUUACAGUUGAAUUCUUUGCGAAUGAGAGAUCAUCAGGUGACAUCUAUGUAUCCGGGUGACGGCUGUGUAUCAAUCUCUGCAGUAACACUAAACUUUCCUGCACGAUUAGAAACGAAACAGUGAAAAUCAAUGCCAUAACCCUUCGGAACAUAUGCAAGCAAGUCACCCAAUAUUCUUAAUAUUUAAUGAAGUGGUUCUUUUUUUAGCUGUGGGCCUGGAGCAGUUUCAAAACCAGCAUAUUGUUUUUGAUUUCAUUCCUUGUUCUAAAUCCUCAUUGUUUCCAGAUGGAGAUGGAUCUCAUCUGAAACUUUCUUACUCUAAAUAGACAGGAUAGGAUCAGUUUGUUUUAUUAUACGUAUUGUCAUACUGUGUGCAUUGCUCUGUAUGAAGUAUUGCCUUAAUAGCUGUAGGCGUUCUGUGUCCACAGUCUUUUAAAAAUCAUUUAACACAUUUGUGACCGAAAAACUGAUUGUAGCUUUCAAGGGAACGGUCCUAUUUUGUUAUCGUCCACAUCGUGUGAUAUCUUGACAAAGGUCUUUGGACCAAAGCAUUAACUUAAUGAAAGCAGAGAUCAUUUAAACAAUGUAUGCAGAAAUGAGGUGUUCAUUUUGGAUCUUAUUGUCCACGUUAAGCUUAAUUAUUAACCGCGAGGCCAAAUCAGCACUGUUUGCAGUAGAAAUGUGUGUCUUUGAUUUGAUGGACAGGGUAGUGUUCCUCUGCAGCAGGCUGCAAUGCAUCAGCCCCAUCUGUACACCAGUAUGGAUUCAGAUCUCUGCUUGUGCUACAUACUUUGUAUCAAUGGCCCAAAUCUUAACCUUGUGAGCCAACCAUCACUCUGUACUGGUAAGGACGAGAUGUACAAUGGCAUAUUAUGAAUCAAAUGAAAAUAAUGUGUAUGUAGCAGAAGCACUUAUCUUUUAUCUUUUUGUCUUCAUUUUUUUCUGAGAUUAUUUUUAAAAACCCACCAGGGGUUUAAGCCUAACCAGAGCUGCACUGCAUAACAUUGUAACAGCAUUAGUAGGAACAGAUGCACCACUGUUGUACUGUUGUGAAGUCACUGGGAUUUGAAUAAAUAAAAUGCAUUAAUUGCC